CCUCUUCUUCCCUAACUUGCUUACCAUAUUUUUUUUAAAAAUUAUUUUUAUAAAAAAAUGGCAGCACACAUUAGACUAGCAGCAGCUUCAUCAUCAUCUUCAUCUAUCACACUUCUUUCUUCAUCAUCAUCUUCCACCAUUUUCACCAAAAUUAAAUCAAUACCCCAUUUGGGUUUUUCAUUUUCAGUCACUAAUUCUACAUUUUUCCACCCUUUUUCAGUCACUAAUUCUACAAAAACAUGGAAACGUAUGAAUCAUACACUCAUUGCUAAAGCUUCUCUGGGUCUCACUUAUCCUGCAGUAAUCGAACCCCACAAGUUCUCUUUUGCCGCAAAAGAUAUAGAUCUGGCUGAAUGGAAAGGAGAUAUACUAGCAGUUGGUGUCACAGAGAAAGACAUGAUAAAAGAUGAAAACUUAAAAUUUCAAAACUCUGUCCUGAAGAAACUAGAUUUACAUUUGAACGGGUUGUUAUCUGAAGUAUCUGCCGAGGAAGACUUCACUGGAAAGGCUGGACAGUCAACUAUACUUAGGCUUUCUGGUCUUGGUACGAAGCGAGUCAGUUUGGUCGGGCUCGGAAAAGGACUCACUGGUUCGUCUACUUCUGCUUAUCGGAGUCUUGGUGAAUCCGUGGCAUCGGCCGCUAAGGCUUCUCAGGCUAACAAUGUUGCUGUUACACUUGCUUCUACACAGGAACUAACUCCUGAACUCAAGCUGGCCACAGCUUCAUCGAUAGCAACCGGUGCAUUGCUGGGAACUUAUGAAGAUAACAGAUUUAAGUCAGAGUCUAAGAAGCUGGCUCUUAAGUCCAUUGACUUUCUUGGUCUUGGGACUGGACCUGAGCUAGAAAAGAAACUUAAAUACACAGAAGAUGUUUGUGCAGGGGUUAUACUGGGGAAAGAGCUUGUAAAUGCACCUCCAAAUGUACUUACUCCUGAGGUACUUGCGGAAGAGGCUGAGAAGAUUGCUUCGACACAUAGUGAUGUUUUCACAACAACAAUUCUGGAUACAGAGCAAUGCAAAGAACUGAAAAUGGGUUCUUAUCUUGGUGUUGCUGCUGCUUCUACAAAUCCCCCUAAAUUUAUUCAUUUAUGUUACAAACCGCCAACUGGAGCAGUCAAAACCAAGCUUGCAUUAGUGGGCAAGGGAUUGACUUUUGACAGUGGUGGUUACAACAUUAAGACAGGACCUGGUUGUUUAAUAGAGCUCAUGAAGUUUGAUAUGGGAGGUUCGGCAGCGGUUUUAGGUGCUGCAAAAGCUCUUGGUCAAAUUAAACCGGCUGGAGUAGAGGUACAUUUUAUUGUAGCAGCUUGUGAAAACAUGAUAAGUGGAACAGCAAUGAGACCUGGAGACAUAUUAACAGCCUCAAAUGGGAAGACAAUCGAGGUUAACAACACUGAUGCAGAAGGUAGACUUACACUUGCUGAUGCUUUAGUGUAUGCUUGUAACCAAGGUGUAGACAAGAUAGUUGAUUUGGCCACAUUGACUGGGGCCUGUAUUGUUGCUCUUGGGCCUUCAAUUGCAGGCAUCUUCACACCCAGCGAUAGCCUAGCAAAAGAGGUGGUUGCAGCCUCAGAAGUUGCUGGAGAAAAACUUUGGAGGCUGCCAAUGGAGGAGAGUUACUGGGAAUCAAUGAAAUCAGGGGUUGCCGAUAUGGUCAAUACUGGAGGCCGCCAGGGUGGUUCUAUAACUGCAGCCCUUUUCUUGAAGCAGUUUGUUGAUGAAAAAGUCGAAUGGUUACAUAUUGACAUGGCGGGUCCUGUUUGGAAUGACAAGAAGAAAGCAGCAACAGGGUUUGCUGUUCCUACUUUGGUCGAAUGGGUUGUGGCCAACUCGUCCUCUUGAGCCUUGGGUAUAUUCCUAUAUUACACUACCACAAAAGGAAAGUUUGUCAUCGUUUCCAUAAAGAGUCAAAAUGUGGGAAUACAUGUAAUUAAUUUGUUAUAUGAUAAACAUAUGUUUAGGGAAAUAAUCUGUAACUAUUGUUCAAAAUUUUGCGCAUGACUGGAUUGGGUACCGUUGGUAUUUACAAUGCCUAUAGUUCACAAUUUUGAAAUUGGAGUGUUCGAUCUAAAUCUUGGGUGACAAA